CCCCCAGUCCAGUCUCCACCGCGCAAACCUCCCGCUCCGGCCGCACCGUGCCGCCGGCUGCCGGGAAGCGUCGAGCCAUGAGCUCCGCUGCGGCCUCCGCCAACGUUGCCGUCAUUGGAGCCGGAAUAUCCGGUGCCGUGUGCGCGUCGCUCCUCGCUGCGCGCGGCGUGGCCGUGACUCUAUUCGACUCCGGCCGCGGCGCCGGCGGCCGUAUGGCGCAGCGGAGGGAGCUGAUGGAGGACGGCACGGAGCUGCGGUUCGACCACGGUGCGCCUUACUUCACCGUGAGCAACGACGAGGUUGCCCGUGUCAUGAGCGGGUGGGAGGCGCGAGGGAUCGUCGCCGAGUGGAUGGCUAUGUUCGCAUGCUUCGAUCGGGCCACCGGCAAAUUCAAGGACUUCGAGAAGGAGGGAACAACUAAGAAGUAUGUGGGAGUACCAGGCAUGAACUCCAUAUGCAAAUCACUCUGUCUACAGGAUGGUGUGGUGGCCAAAUUUGGUGUCACUGUUGGCAAGAUGGAUUGGCUUCAAGAUAGGAGUUCAUGGUCACUGGCUAGCUUGGAUGGCAAAGAUCUCGGUUAUUUUGAUUAUGUUGUAGCAACAGAUAAGAACAUAGCAUCACCAAGAUUUUCUGGGUUGACUGGAAGGCCACCGCCUCUUGAUUUGUCGUCAUUUCCACAACUGUCAACAAUGGUUCAAGAUAUCCCAGUACGCCCCUGUUUUGCUCUUAUGCUAGCAUUCUCAGAGCCUUUGGCUACGGUACCUGUUCAUGGUUUCUCUUUCAAUAAUUCUGACUCUCUGAGCUGGGCCUUUUGUGAUAGUAGUAAGCCAGGGCGUGCUUGUGUACCUUCUAACAGUCAGUAUUGGGUAUUGCAUUCGACAGCUGAGUAUGCUUCCAAUGUAAUAAACAAUAUUGGUCCCCGGAAACCUUCAGCGGAUGCACUUGCUAAGGUGGCAGAGGAAUUGUUUAAAGAAUUUCAGGCUACAGGGUUGGACAUUCCACAACCAAUUUUUAUGAAAGCUCACAGAUGGGGUAGUGCUUUCCCCGCCAUUGCUAUAGGUGGAGAUGACAAGUGUAUUUGGUACAAGAGCAUGAAAUUGGCGGUUUGUGGAGACUUCUGUGCAAGUCCAAGUGUUGAAGGAGCAGUCCUUAGUGCCGUGAGAGGAGUUUCCAAAAUCCUGGGUUGUUUAAACUGUCCAUCAGGGUUGUGAUUUGUGAGUUGUAUCUAACCUACUAUUCUCCCUCCUCCCCCUAUUUGGGUUGUAUUUAUCCUGCAUCUUUCCUACAGAAACAGUUCACAGAGCUCCUACUGGGAGCCAUGUUGUUUGUUGAAUAAUUUGAUAGGAAAUAAGAAAUAAAUUUCAAUUGCAAGA